GCAGACGGGUCACUCGAGAGGCGUAAUCGUUUUUAUCACGCAUCGCCGCGAACGGCGAGGCCGAUUACGAGCAGAUUGCGCCGUUUGGGGAAAUGAUCGCGGCAACGAGGGAAGGCAGUUUUCCAAGAUUCUCAAAGAAUCUUCGAAAAGUGGAUUCAAGCGAGUGUUGCGUGCGUAGAAAGCCGAUGCAGAAACACCGGAGAGCACGUUCGCGUGAUUUCCCGAGAUGCGUGAAAACUGGCACAAUUCAUGCGCAACGGAGACUCAAGGAUUUGCCUUGCUUUGAACGCAAUCGUGAAGAUCAACGAGAAUGUCGAUCGUGCGUUAGGGAAAAAAUGUGCGCUCGAUCAGGAGGACGUCGAAACGCACGUCGUCGGUGCACGGAAAAGAGUAAGGAAACAUCGCAGAUAUGUAACAGACAGAUUGAACAUUCGAAUAGUUACAACAAAUCGGAUGAUUCUUUGAACAAGAAGGAUAGCACAAACACAGACGUGAAAGCAAACUAAAACUAAUAUCGUGCUUGUAAAAGACUGAGGUAAAAAUUGGCGAUAUCAAGAAUUAAAAAAUAAGUGGAAUAUGUGGAAUAUGAAAA